AUGGCUUCCAGUUUGCAGCCAUGGGUUCUCCUCCUCAUCUUCCCCCUCCUCUUUUUGGUGCUUAGCCCCGCAGCACUUGCGGCAGUGUUCAACGAUAACUUCGUGGCAGUAGGGGGUACAGAUAGUAAUCACCUAGUUGAUCAGGGGACAGCAGUUCGUCUCGUCUUGGAUAAGAGCUCCGGGGCUGGAUUUAGUUCCAAGGAGGCGUAUGGUUCAGGGUUCUUCCAUAUGAGGAUCAAGACACCGCCCGGGUACAGUGCCGGAGUCGUAACGGCCUUCUAUCUCACAACGGAACCCGAGCAAGGUGACCACAAUGAGGUGGAUUUGGAGUUCCUGGGCAACGUGGACGGCAAGCCGGUCAUUCUCCAGACCAACAUCUUCCUAAACGGCAAAGGUGACAGGGAGCAGAGGUACGAGCUGUGGUUCGACGCUGGAGCCGAUUUCCAUGACUACAAGAUACUCUGGAACCCCUACCAGCUCGUGGUGUUCGUCGACGACACGCCGAUACGGGUGCUCAAGAACCUCGCGCCCAGCCAGUUCCCGGUGAGGCCGUUCAAGAUCCGGGCGAGCAUCUGGGAUGGCUCCGAUUGGGCGACGGGCAAUGGCAAAUACAGGGUCGACUAUAACCGUGCGCCGUUCACCACUGUGUUUCAGGACUUCGACGUCGAUGGCUGCCCCGCCACCGGUGGCGCGUCGUGUGGCUCGCCGAGCCUGUCGUGGAACGCAAUCCAGAGCCUGACGCCCGCGCAGUGGGAGGCGUACAAGGACGCCAAGAGCAAGCACAUGACCUACGACUACUGUACCAAUAAGGACAGGGCGUACGCCCAGCUGCCGGGAGAGUGCAACAACAACUAAUUAGCCUUUGUUCUGGUUUCAGAUUAGAUACACUAGUCAUCGACCUGUGCUACAGCACGGGCUAGCAAUUUCAAUAAUUAGAUGAUCUUUUUUCUUGUAAGAAACUGAUAAUUAGGAAUACUGGAGACCUCAAGGCCCUCUUCAGAAUAAAAAAAAUUAUAUGUAAAAUGGUGGAUGCAAUAGGAAAUUUCUUUUCACCAAAGGAACAUCACAUCC